CCUGAGCAACCAACUUGAACCAGGAAGCUGGUGGAGACUAUAAAACCUACCUGGUGUCUUUGGUCCAAGUCAAACUUGGACCAAAGACAAAUGCAGAUGUCAGUGUCCACCUCGAGGUGAAGCAAUGACGAUGAAGAAAGUGUUUAAACUCCUCACACUGUUCGGUCUCCUCAGUGCAUCUUACUUUGGGGUGAUGCUGUUGUACAACGGAUCCAGCACCUCCACCCUGACCCAGCCUCAGCACGGGGGGUACACGCGGCUGCCGGCGCCGGUGACCCGGGGAGGUGUUCAACAGGUGCGGCUGACGAUGACAAUGACGACCCCGGCCCCGAGUGUCCCCCGGGAGGAGGUGGGGACCACGCUGGCGAACAGGACACAGCCGUGCCCCGACAAACCCCCGGGUCUCGUCGGUCCCAUCGCCGUGGAGUUCCAUCACAAGCGGACUCUGGAUGAGGUGAGGCGGAAGGUGAGCUCCCCUCUGCGGGAGGGAGGCCGCUACCAGCCCCCGGACUGUGGCUCCAAACACAAGGUUGCGAUUGUCAUUCCAUUCCGAAACCGACACGAGCACCUGAAUCACUGGCUCUACUACCUCCAUCCUAUCUUGAUUCGGCAGCAGUUGGACUAUGGCGUGUAUGUCAUCAACCAGGAUGGGGAGGGAGUGUUCAACCGGGCUAAACUGAUGAAUGUGGGCUAUGUGGAAGCCCUUAAGGAAUAUGAUUAUGAUUGCUUCGUCUUCUCUGACAUAGACCUGGUUCCCAUCGACGACCGCAACCUUUACAGGUGCUUCGACAGUCCCAGACACCUUGCUGUGGCGAUGGACAAAUUUAAUUUCCAGCUACCGUACAACACCUUCUUUGGUGGGGUUUCCUCGCUGUCCAAGGACCAGUACCUAAAGAUAAACGGCUUCCCAAACACUUACUGGGGCUGGGGCGGUGAAGAUGAUGAUAUCUACAGGCGGAUCAGCUUCCGUGGGAUGACGAUUUCUCGCCCCGACCUUUCAACGGGAAAGUACAAGAUGAUUAAACACAACAGAGACUUGCACAAUGAGCAAAAUCCAGAGAACCCCAUCAAAUUAGGCCAAACCCAGUUGACCAUGGAUAAAGAUGGGAUUAACACCCUCACAUACACAGUCAAGGAGAUUGUGAAGAAUAUACUCUACACUAAUAUCACUGUGGAUAUUCAGGCUCCACCAAGCUGAAUGGAGGUGGAACCUGUGGAUUGUGGACUGAACCACAGUCCCUCACAAGCGUCCUCACGCACAAUGUGUGUGUGUUCGUGAGAACACACACACAGUGACUCAAAAACAAGAUGAAGUGCCGAGUUUCUUUCUUUUACUUAUAUUUUGUAAGACAUCAUCCAUCAAUUUCUUACUGUCUCACAUUUCUCAUUCUUGCUUGCGGAGGGUGAACAAUGUGGACACGUGUCAGAAUAUGCUGUGUUUGGUUUGGGCGGACACCGCGUCAUCAUGGCAGGGAUAUUUCUGGGGACGGCUGCACAAUGGCAGAGGAUUCAAAGUAUUUCAUGAGCAAACAUCAAGUGGGGAAUGGACAACAUAGGUGACGCAGACUGGUCAGAUGUGUUCCAUACGUCUGUAGUGUCAAACCAGUUUCAAUUUAUCUUUUAAUCCAUACAAUAUGAAACAUAGCUCAACAAAAAGCAAGACUUACUUAAUUUAAGUUAUUUUUAUGCACAGCUACUUAGCCAUGUUUCCAUAUGUCUUAGGGACUGUUACUGCAGCAUGUUGUCUUGUAAAGUGUCAUUUAGCUGUUUAAUUAUUUAUAGAAAGCAAACAAUAUUCUGCAUGAACAGAGCUUAGCCUAAUGGUGUGGUGUCACGGUCAGCCACUUAUUUUGGUUUUGAAAAAACGUCUUAAUUUAACUCAUAAUCCACUGCAAACUAGACCUCCGAUUAAAUAGUCAACUGACCUGCAACUCAUGAAUUCAGUCGUCUUUCUGAGAAGUCCAUUGUUCAAUUUAAACCACAAGACAAAUUUGAUGUGAGACUGCUCCUAAGACGUUGAUGGGAUGGUCAAUAAGGUGGUGGAAGGUUUUGAAGUUUUAUUUCUCAUUUAUAUGAUACUUUUAUUUAUGAUGUGGCCAUGUUGACACUGCGUUAUGCAAUUAAAGUUUUAUUUUAUGUGCUUUAAUGUAAUGGAGUUGCUCAUUGUGUGCUGGACAGUCGUAAAAUGACAUUGAGAAAACCUGUAAAUACACUUUGUGAUGAGAGCUGCUGCAUCUGUUAAAAGGGUUUGAUGGACACUACAACAGAUACUCAACAUGCAGACACAUCUCCUGACUGCUCUGGGUACAAAAUAAAAAAUAUAAUUUUAA